AUGGCAACCAGAACAACCGUGCCAGAUCCACCACCGUAUGAUCGUCGCCGGCCGCGACCAGUUACUGAGCUUGCGUUUCAGCACAGGCUACCUAACUGCCCUGGAAAGUCCUCGGUCGGGCUCAUAGUCACGUUUCCACCAAAUUCCUCGACCCCGCCGCAUCGACAUGCUGGUGCCUCGGUUUCGGGCCUGGUCCUCGAAGGGACUCUGCUGAACAAGAUGAACGACGACCCGACUUUUGUGGUUGGGGCAGGCGGCUCGUUUUUCGAGGCCCCGGGUUGUCACCACAGGGUCAGCGAUAACUAUAGCGCGACGGAGCCAGCCAAGUUGCUUGCAACAUUUGUCGUGGACACGAAAAUAGUAGAGGAGGGAGGAAUCGAGGCACUGGUAGAGAUUGACGAGGAAUACAGAGAACGCUAG